CACACUGUAAUUACAGGAGAAAAACACACACACAAGGCCAGCAUAGCUACUAAUUAUAUCAUCAUGCCUCUCUUUUAUCUUUUGUCCCAUCAGCACUUUGGUGAAGCAGCUCGAGCACAUAAUGACCUCGUUAGUCUCAGUCACGACCUGACUGACUGACUGAGCUCUGAGCAGCAGGCUGUUCCGUGUUUAGCUGUCGCUUUAAGACCGAUUUCCCCCCAUUGUCAAACAGUCGUGAGCAGGAAGAGGGAAACGAAAGCACAGAGAGAGAGAGAGAGAGAGAGACACCGUAUUUAAACACGAUGCUGCUGCUGCUGCUGACCAAGGCUUCACACAGAGGAGGAAGAGGAGCAGGUCUGUCUGCAGCCAGACGCACAGACACGGACAGACAGUGACCUUUUGAUGGUGGAUUGAUGGUGUUUUAAUUUGCAGAUCGGACAGUCGCUGCAGGAUGAGACUUGAGAGACAUGCACUUGUCACCGCGGGUUAUUACUGCCUCAGGAAAUGAUGACAUGAUGUCCUCCAUCAUCGUUUAGCUGCUUAGAGCACAAAUCGUCUUGUCUUGCGGCCAUUUCCACAACUGCUUUUCAAUUAAACACACAAAACAGACUAAACCUGUGUGUUGGAGGCUAAAGGAGCAGGUGCUUCAGUCUGCUUCACAGGUAGCCGCUCAAACCACAUCUAAACCCGGCUGGACAGCAUCACAUCUCAGACAUGUCAUCCACUAUAGAGAGGAAGACCAUGGAGGCAAAUGAGGAGCCGGUGGAUGAGGUCCUCCAGAUGCCUCCGUCUCUGUUGACGUGCGGUGGGUGUCAGCAGAGCAUCGGUGACAGAUUCUUCCUGAAGGCCAUCGAGCAGUACUGGCACGAGGACUGCCUGAGCUGCGACUUGUGUGGCUGUCGACUCGGGGAGGUGGGACGCCGGCUCUACUUCAAGCUCGGAAGAAAGCUAUGUCGGAGAGACUACCUCAGGCUUUUCGGUCAGGACGGUCUCUGUGCUUCCUGUGAGAAGAGGAUUCGAGCGUUUGAGAUGACGAUGCGUGUGCGGGACAAGGUUUACCAUCUGGAGUGCUUCAAGUGUGCCGCCUGCCAGAAGCACUUCUGCGUGGGUGACCGCUACCUGCUCAUCAACUCAGACAUUGUGUGCGAGCAGGACAUCUUUGAGUGGACCAAACUCAACAAUAACAACAUGGUUUAGCAGAAGGAGUGUCACCCUGGCUUUUCCCACUGGCAUGAAUGAACCAUUGAUAAACAGACUUUUUGCAGGCUUCAUCAUGCAUCUGACAGAAUCAUUUAAACACAAAAGGAAAGGCUACAUCUCUGCAUUGCUUCCUGCUAGAGACUAAUGAAGACUGCACCAGCAAUAACAGAAAGCUUCUCAUCUAAGGCUUCAUCCUUGAAUGCAAAAAAAAUGCUUAAAUACUGGAAAUACUUAUCAUGCAAUAAUAGUUGUUUGUUAUACACACUGGAAUUUUAGACCUUUAACAAUGAACAAAAAGUUUCUUAUAGUCAAACACUGUUUCAUCGCCUCAGUCUGGUCUGAACUGUUCAAUGAGAAUUUCAGUAAGGUUUUAUUUUAUGGAUCGUAAUUUCCUGAGAAUUUCCUGAGAAGAACUGUGUAAUUUGGUGCUAAUUAUAGGGAAAAUACCUAUAAAGGAGCUGCUCCUUGUAAAAUCCAAGUAAAUUCACAAGUAGUUCAUUAUUAGCAGCUAUAUGGUGAAUUAUAUGCUUGCCUGUGGACAAAUUUCACAUUUGCAUGUUCUGCUUGCCGGCUGCACUGACUGUUUCCAUUUUAUACAUAAAUAGUUUUGUAUUUCUCUCCAAGAAACUUCCCUGGGAAAUUAGUGAGAAUUUAUUAGGAAAUUACAAACCUGUAAAAUGAAGCGUUACCAGAUUUUCUUGUUAUAAAUGAAAAGUCCUGAUCAGAAUGAUUGUACUGCAUUGCCAGGUUGAACUGGUGGCGCCCUCUAGUGAUCAAGGGAUCCCAUGCAAUACUAAUUCUACUGACUUUAGAGCUGUUUCCAGUGUGUUUUUUUUGUAACUGUUACACCUCUAUGAACACGCACCCACGACUUUUUGGAUAUUUACUAUUAAAUAAAUUUCAAUUUAGAGAAACAU